UCCUGCUCCCGCAGCCGAUGCCCUCGCGCCGCGGCGGUCCCGUUAUCUGCCAGUUUAAUGCCCGUGCGUGAGUUUGAAACGUCGUCCCGGGAUGAGACGCGAGAGCAAAGAAGACCGAGUUCAUCCGAAAACAUUCAUUAAAUUCACCUGCAGGAUUUGGACAAUGGUGGUUCCGAGGUGGUGGAUUUGUCUCGUGUGUGUGACAGGUGUCCUCCCUCCCCGUUGCUCCGGGGUCAAUGUGUUUGUGAGAGAUGAGAAGAAGUAUACUGUGCUGUUCCAGUCAGUGGUUCUGCCGUGUCAGUACAACAGCGUCUCCACCCAGACGCCUGUGGUGCAAUGGGUCUACAAGUCGUACUGCCGGGACCGCACGCGGGAUUCGUUCAACUUCCCCGACAGUGGAGGCCAGGGAGGCGGCGGGCUGACGGGAGGAACCAGAGGAGCCGGCGGAGGGUACGAGACGGCGAUGACGGCAAACUACCUGGACUGUGCCGACAGCAGCCGCACGGUCCGAACUGUGGCCUCCAUGUCCGGUUCCUCAAUCACACUGUCGGAGUACUACAAGAGCAGAGACAUCUCCAUCAUCAACAAGGCAGACCUGCGCAUAGGAGAGGUCCAGUGGGGAGACAGUGGGGUCUACAUCUGCAAAGUUGUUAUAUCUGACGACUUAGAGGGCCAGAACGAAGCCUCCGUGGAGCUGCUGGUUCUGGGUUUCUCAGGUGUGCCUCAAGAUCUGCUGCCAGACUUUGACUUGAAGAUUAUGCCAGAGUGGCUGUUUGUGGCGGCCGUGGCGCUGGGCAGUGUCUUAUUCCUGCUGCUGGUCGGGGUGUGUUGGUGUCAGUGCUGUCCUCACUCCUGCUGCUGCUACGUCAGCUGCUGGUGCUGCCCUGACACAUGCUGCUGCCCAAGACACCUAUACGAGGCGGGUAAAGGUAUAAAGACGGUUACCUCCACUCCUGCCUACCCUCCAUACUUUGUCACUGGUGUCCCGACAAUGAUCCCCAUCGCUCCCCCUUCUCUGGUGGACAAGAUGUCUUCCGUCCCCCCUUCGGAUGGAAGCAUACUCACAGCAGUGCCGAUGCAUGCUGUAGGGGUUCCCUACCGCGUGCCUUCACCUCAGGAUCAGGACUCUCUCAGGGUGCUACAGUAUGUAGAGAAACAACUGGCUCACUUCAACCCUGCCAGGUCCACCAGCCACCAGUCCUGUAGCCUCUCCGAGCUGAGCUCCCUCCACGAGGGAGAAACCGGCUUCCGCCAAACAUACCGGAACGUCCAGAAGAAAGCUCUGCCCGCCAUCCCGGACCACGACCCUCAGCCUGAGCCGCAACGCUACCGCGACAACCGCAGCCCAGAGCCGCAGCGUUACCGCGACAAAUCCCCCUCACCCCAACGAUAUUGCGAUGACCCCGACUCGGAGCCCCGCCGCUUCCAGGACGAGAACCUUCCUCCGAGGCGGUACAGCGACGACCCUCCGUCCUCCUCGCAGGCGCGCAGGUCUGGCCGAAAUCAACGGCAACAGAAUCACAGCGACGAGGACAACCACAAAAGGUGGAACCCUCGUUCAGAACAUCUGCAUAGGAAGAGUUACCGUACCGCCGGAAGAACCUGCUCACUGGAUGAGCUGGAGGAGUUUGCUGCCUCCUACAAGCAGAGUGAAGGCAGAGGGGAGGGGAAAAGGGAAGAGGAGAGAGGAGAGUAUGAGAUGGAGCUCCGGGAGUUCAGUCGAUAUCCCUCCUACCGUCACGGCCCACCUCAGCAUUAUCACACCGAUGAGAACGAGAUCGGAGACGACAGCGACCAUGAAGAUCAUCCCAGGCGGAACAAGAAAAGCGGACAUAGCAUAAGCCCACUUCAGUCUCCCCAAAAAAGGAGGGGCACUUGGGACAGUGAGCGCCCCGCUCCCCCUCCCCCCAGAGUCAGUCCACCAUCAACCUCCUCUCAAGAGAAGGACUACGAUGGCACGUUCCUGAACAACCUGCUGGACCGCAAGGCUAAGUUGCGAGGGGUCAGCCAAGGGAAGAGCGGGGCCCGGGGCGAGGAGGAUUCGGACACGCCUUCCAAGGGCAGCUCGAAGAAGAGCGGCGGAGAGUCUGGUCGCCACUGCAGCCGCUCACCCAGCAACAGGCCCAAGGCGGAUUCGCUGCCUGCUUACUCCGACACAGAGCGAAGCAGAACGGACGGGCCGUGUCCACGGCCGCUGCCAGCAAACACUCGUUCCUCUCAGUCGCCUGCCCAUCUCCUGACCGGUCUCAGAGAGGAGCCCAGAGACAAGACCCGCAAAGUGAGCACUCUUCUCAGCCGGGACUCCCUCAUCGUCUGACGGACUGAGAGACUCACAAACUGGGCACUUAACUCUCUGCAGGAGCUGCAUGUCAGCAUGUUAUUUUAGAAAAUACCUUCAAUUGCAAAUAUAUGCAAUUGACAGUGCAGGAUGCUGAAUCAGCACCGACGGAAGAAGAAAUGGACAACAGAGACACUUUUACUAUUGAGACUGACACCGGGGAUUCUGCCUGUGACGUCGCCGAAGGAUGAAGUCAUCACUCUUCGGUUUCUGUCACCGGCUGCCUCAUAUGUACUGUAUAUAUAUCUCAGCCGGACUAACACAAAACUAGUGAGGGCUGGGUGCAGGCUAUGACCUGGACGCUGCUCAUCUCCUCCCGUCCCUUUAGAAAAGACUAGUUUACGCUUCCAGCACAAUGAGUGCAUUCAUUUCCACUUGAUGAGAUAUCGGCUUUAAAUAAGCGCAGUUGCAGAAAAGGAGGUACAUGACAACAGCAUUAUUGUAGAGAACAUACUGUAGCUUCAGCUGAAAGACAAUACCCACUCUGUGUCAUUCAGUAGCACAUUCAGGGACUAUAGCACCUAAUUCAGACAGCUCUUAACUAAAGCUGGUCGUACUAACCAACAUCGCCAAAUGUGGAUAUGAUGUUUAUCUACAGAGGGGAUGAACAAAGUCCUGAAAAUACACCAUGGAAAAGGACUCUUAAAGCUGCAUUCAGCGAAAGCCGGGCCAGCCCUAUAAACACGACUUACUGACUUAAUGAUGGCGUUACACCAUCGGUCGGUCGAGGGAUGGAGUUUCCCCAUUGGUCGAUGCUCUUUCGAAUUGAAUGGACUGCACGCAUUCCUCAAUUAUUUUUACCCUUUUCAUGUGAUAUGCUACUUCAUCCACCUUUAGAGCAAAUUUUACUGGGACCACGACAGAGAGAAUAUUGAGCUCAAGUUCCAACAACAAAUGAAUGAGAAUGUUUCUGUGUAACUGCUAGAUGUCUAAACAAAGCAACUGUUUGCUAAAAGGUUCGCCAUAACGACUCUAAGGUUAUAUUUUGUAUGUGUGUUUACAGCUUCUUCUACAGCCCCCAUGUGGCCAACAUGUCUAUUAAAAGAGCGGUAGCUUUCAGGGGAAUAUGGAAUACAUUAUGUAUCCGUAUGUUUUCUUUAGUGUAUAAUUCACCUGAACAUAAGAAUCAUUGUGUUUUCAUACCUUAGAAUGAGCUGUUUAUAUCCACACACGAAGCCAGACGCCAUGUCUCUACAGUGGCUCAGAACGGACAAACCAAGCAUUGGCUCUAGAUCGACUCAUCCGCUUUUUGUGUGGGCCACCGUAGUUCUUCUAACACACUUGGCACUCGGGGGACGUUUCAGUUGGUUGCAGUCUGCAACUUCACCACUUGGUGUCACCAGAUCCUACAAACGGCACCUUUUUUCUGUUACUUUAAGUACCUUAAGUACCUCACAAAUGUGUGUCCCCAAACUGUAGGACAUGACAACAUGCCGUGUCGUGAACUGAGCAGUACCAUCGUUUUGUCUGUUCGUCUUCGAUUUAAAACACAGUAACUUUUCACUCCAAGGGACUAAAACCUGAUCAAAUGUUGUAUGUUUUUUGUAAACCAAUAAGAUAUUGAACUGCCACUUGUCACUAGAUUUUUUUUUUUAAUACAGUAUGAAGACAUUUUUAUAUGUAAACUGGACCUAUUUGUGUGUGUAGUGUAAUAUGAUUGAUGUAACUUGUAAAACAUUCUGUUUGUUUAGGCUUUCCAGAGCACUGUGUACAUAAGAUGAAGUGUCUUUGAUUUGAUAACUAAUUCUGCCUUUUCUUAUCACCGCUGAGUCAACAGCUAAACCAACACCUCCCGUACAUUAUCAACACACACACACACACCUUCUGAAUUAUUGCAUCUUUUGUUCUAACAUUACACCAAACAGUAUUUAAUUAUUCCUGCCAUCAUGUUGUUGUUGUGGUUUUUUGAAAAGUCUACCAUCAGUGUUUAAGUUUUCUUCCAUCGUGUUUUCUGCCGUCUGGUACUGACUGACUGUGUGUGUGUGUGUGUGUGUGUGUGUGUGUGAGAGAGAGAGAGAGGGAGCGAUGACUCUUUACUUUUCUGUAAGGGAGA